GCGCCCGGGCAUCCUUCAGUCAGUCGACCGCCAUGAUGUUGCCGUGGACUGCUGUGGUGCUGUGGUGUGCCGCCCUUGCCCGGGCGGCUCACCUCAUCGACUUCUCCAACGUGCUGCACAGGAACCUGGCCAAUGUCAAGAGAGAGGUGGACCUGGAACGCUGCCAUCCGACUCAGCCGUUCCGCUGUCCGGGCGAUAAGACCAUCUGCAUAUCAAUCCAAUACCUGUGCGACGGAGCUCCGGACUGUCCGGAUGGAUACGACGAAGAUCUCAGACUCUGCACGGCCGCCAAGAGGCCCCCGGUGGAGGAGACGGCCAACUUUUUGCAGGCUCUGUUGGCGAAUCAUGGACCCAACUACCUGGAGAAGCUGUUCGGCGCCAAGGCCCGGGAUGCCCUUAAACCACUAGGCGGAGUGCAGAAGGUUGCUGUAGCGCUAUCAGAGAGCGAGACCCUGGACGAUUUCGGCAAGGCCCUACACCUGAUGCGCUCGGACCUGGAGCAUCUUCGAAACGUGUUCAUGGCCGUCGAGACUGGCGACAUGAGCCUCCUCAAGUCCCUAGGAAUCCGGGACUCCGAGUUGGCCGACGUCAAGUUCUUCCUCGACAAGCUAGUCAGCACCGGCUUCAUGGACUAACAUCGAAUCUCUCUCUUCAUAUUAUCUCUCUCUAUCUCUUCCCGCCUUACUACGUAUCGUCUGCCGUCGUCUGCGAUCGUGUAGCAUUUCCCAUCCUCUUUCGGAGAGUUCCGUUAAAACUUUGUCCAGGACUAGACCAUUAAAAAGAAAAUUCGUUCGUCAGACAGUAGCGCUGAAAUAAAUGUCGCCCCAGAAAGUUAACCAUUAGCGUGUAUCGUAACAAUAUGUUUAGAAUAUUAUCAUAAAAAACGCUGGAGAGACAAGAUUACAGAAACUCGUUCUGGUAUCGAAGAAAACCAACCACUUAGCAUUCUUAGUUACAGCAUUAGGCAAUUCUGAUCCAUACUUAAGUUUUUUGACUCUUUACAAGCUUCUAAUAACACUCAAGAAGGCAAGCACAAACAUCGUUUUUUACGAGCACUGAGGAGCUUAUUCUCCUUGUUUUCAAUGUCAUCGUUCUUGUUCCUCAGAUCCCCUAUUUGUUCUCCUCAGACACUCGUGUCCCAACCAAAUUCAUUUCUCGUCCACUUGCAGCGAAAGCCACCCUGGAAAUGCUACACAUCGCAGUAUGAUGCAUCGUUCCAACAUUGCAUGAGAGAUCCCAAAACGAAGGGAAUCGCAUAACGCUGUCCCGACACUUUUUCAGUUGCCCACUUUCGCUCCUUAAACAGAUAGAGCUAUAGCGAGUGUUCUCGAAGGCAUGUGCGAAUACUCGAACGAACAACAUAUCCUGUUAGAUUCUAUUUUUUAAAUUCUUUGCUCUUGGUCGGGCACAGGAAUCAUACAUAUCAUCUAUUACGAAUACAUAUCUAUAUGAGUACUUAAAUAUAUAUACACAAAUAUAUACAUCUAUAUACAUAUAUAUAUACAUUCUGCAUGUUGAGAGGAUCUGCAGGAUCAUAUGACCAACGAAGCUCAGAGAAGGCAGCAAGUCUGCAUUGUAUUUCUUAAUUUGAAGGAACAAAACAAAAAAAAAAAAUUCGAGUCGGUUUCUUUAUUGGCGUCAAUAGAUAAUAAAAAUUAUUUAAUGACUGCAGACGUACUGGUAGGGAUCUUUUCAGAAAUGUUCUAUUCCUGAGAUUAAUGGUAAAGUUGAGCGAACAAAAUAUACAUUUAACAGUAUAAAAUCCAGACGAUACAUUUUACGAAGCAUUUUAAAAUUAAAUCUGUUUUCAGUUAGGUAUUAAAAAAAGAUUUGAAAACGAAAAAGAAAAAAGUCAAGCAAAUUAAACUUAAGACAGCUAUCUCAGCAGUGACUCAGCGGAGCAGCAGGAAUGUAUUCAUGAAUCGCUCGCUCGGUAAGUCUUUGCUGAAUUUGUCCAUAGAAUGUUUAAAAGACAGUGAGUGACAUCCUGUGUCGAGAGAGGGUCCAGUGGCCUUAGUAAAAUAUAAAAAAAAAAGACUCCGUCUUUUUAUAGUUUUCUACGAGAGAGACGCACAAUUUCGAGGGAACAGCUCAGUUAAGGGCUGGACCACAGACUCGGAUUAUUUUUCAAAUAUGGAGACCUAUUUUCUUGCUGUGGAAAUGUGUCUACGCUAGUGAAAACAAACUAUACUUAUUACACGACAAAGAAUCAAAAAUAAUAAUUUUUUCAUGGAACCUCUUGAUUUUUGUUGUAGAUCCUAUUGUUAAAUUUUCAAUCGUAAAUUUCUAUUAAAAAAAUAGGUAAUCAGGUUUUAAAGAUUCUGGAACAUUCCAAAAGCAAUAAUUGAAAUCAGACUCUUAGUAACGAAUUCAACAAAAAAAAAAAAAAAAAAAAAAACAGCAUAAAUAUUAUAACUUUGUGCUUUCAAAGCAACUGCAAAAUAACAGCAAAUGUUCCGAAGUCAUUCGACAACAGACGAUCGGAAAAUGAUCCGUCUCUGUAGUUGGUCCAUGGCAGGCCCAGAGAUAGAAAGAAUUAUUCGUCCACUUGAACAAGAAAACGUAAAAACUGCAGUAGAUGCAUACAACACUAAAGAAGUUUAAGAAACCCUUUCAUUCCAUCCAAAUUUGCUGCAUUUUAAAUGUUUGAUUCGAGUUGCGCCAUAUGUCUUGUCUCUGGAGGAAAAUUGAGAGUAAAAGAUAUUCAGAAAAGUUUUUUCUUUUUUCUUUCUUGAUAUUUUGGGGGAUCACAUUGUCGGAGUUAGAGCAGCCAUGUGCAUGUUUGAGAGAAGAAAAUAUUUUCGGAAAUCCGUAAACACGUCGUCUGAAAUUGGGUUUACUUACUCAAAGUAACGCAACUCAACAGACAGAGUUUUUAUUAACUUACUCAAUCUCUUCUGUCUUGUAACUCACGCCUCACGCUAGUCAAUACCACGAGUAGAUAUAAAAUACUCUCUUGCGUGCGGAAAGUUCGUGAUUAAGGAAGGACUUCAAGUUUGGGGAAUUUCAAAUUAAUCAAUGUUGGAAAACGAAUGAUCAAUUUACUCAACACGAUCGUCGUUAUGAUGACCAAAACAAAAUGGAGGCCUGAGAUUCUUUAAAGAAACAUUAAGUUCCUAAUAAUACUCUAUGUUAAUAAUAUUACAUUAAUAAAAUUACCAUAUAAAGAACAUAUAUGUGUUUAAAAAACCAAAUGAAAUAUAGGGUUGGGAAUCGGCGGAAUGUUCAUUGUUCUAAAGUUGAGGAAGUCCCUAACAUUGAACCUGUUAAGAGACUGACUGUUCUGUUGAAGUAUUCAAACGUUAUACAGUGAAACCUGUGUAAGUUGACCACUUGCGGUGCAGUACUUUGGUGGUCAACUUAGACAGGUGGUCAACUUAUAAAGGGUGGUACUGAUUUUUUUUUUUUUUUUGUCAUUUCUUGCAUCAUGUAUUCGUUUUUUGACAAAUUCACACUUACUCUCUCUAUUCAACCCACUUUCAUUUUUUAACAUUACUUUGAAACAAUAAUUAAAAAUGUUAUUCAAAUAUUUUUCAUUUUUACUAAAUUUGACACUAGUUUUAAAAAUUCCAUGUGUGUCAACUAAUUUUUUCUUGCUUUCCACUUUUUCAAUUAAUUUUAAUAUUUCAUAUUUUUUACUUACCUCAAGUUCAACUAACUUUCCUUUUGAAGCCAUUUUGUGUAACUCUUAUAACACAAAGAGCAACAAGCUGGACUCUCAUAGUUCGUAAAGGCUAUUGAAAAUGAAAAGGUUCUUUCUCUUAAUUUCUUGCACCAGAAAUAAAUAACUUAACUCUUAAGCACAAUUUCAGUGUUGCCACAAAAUAUUGCAAGUGGAAGAAAAGACUCAGUACUUUUCUACUGACGCCUUUUUUCAUUGAACAGAGUACAAAAGGUUAUCUCAAAUAGAACAAAAGAAAAACAGCUUUAAACACUAUGUCAUGCUUGAAAACGUUCGACCGAGAAAUGCGGAGCAAGAUAACUUUUUUGCGGAGCUACGGAGUUAAGCUAUUUUAGCGGAGCAGUUGGUAAUCCUGCAUCAAAGCAUUAAAAUUAUUCAUGGAAUGCUUUAAAAAUAAUAAAUAAAAAUAAAAUAAAAUAAUUUGUUUUAUUAAGUUUUAAAAAAUAAACCAAGUAGUCAACUUACAAAGGGUUUUUUACAAUGCUCCAAACCAAAUUUGGUGCUCAUUAGUGGUCAAGAUAGACAGAUGGUCAAUUUAGAGAGGUGGUCAAGUUACAGAGGUUUUCCUUCAUUAUAUAAGAUAGGACUAAUUCCGUUCCCUACAAAAGCGGUCAACCUAGGCAGGUGGUCAACUUACAAGGGUGGUCAACGUUACAGGUUUUACUGUACUACCUGCGCAGAAAUAGUUUUAAGACUCAGACAGCAACGCAGACUGCAGAUGCGCCCUUGUUUGGUGUGUAUACAAAAACGCGCAAAAGUGAGUCACAUUUAACAUCUCAUUAUAUAAGAGAAGGUUGAAUUGAAGAGAAUGGGACUCGUGUGCUACUGGUACUACUAGUAGGAAUAUUAAGUCCCACUAGCAACCAAUAAGGACGGAAAUAGGAAGUUUUACAGCUGUGUGUGUGUGAUAAGGUAGCAUUGGUAAUUAUAUAGUCGCUUCGCGUGAUUAUACUAUUAAAGUUCCUGGCACUAGCUGUAGUUACAGCAAGGUAUACAGUUUAUCGAGACUUCUCUAAUUUAGAAUUCAAAAAACUCAAAUGUUGAUUAGAGUACAGUGUAACGCUCCAUCAUACUUUAACAUAGUUGAAUAUUCAUGAGACAUGCGUAUCUCGUUGAAAGUACAAAAGCGACUAACAAACAUAAACGCAAAGAAACAUUUUGGAUCAAAAUGCAGACGGGACAAAGUGGGCGUGGGGUGUCUCCCCCCAAAUGCUCUAAUCUUUAUGUUCCACCAAUGGGAUGAGCUGGCGCAACCGGAUUUCUGCUUCGAUAUUCGCACAUUCCUGGAGACUCACUGUCCUUUUAGUUAGUCAAGAGUCAAGUAGUGUCUGCGAAACGGGAUGCUCUCACGAGAAGACUUUACAAUGUAUGAAUUUCGAAGAGGCAAUAUUAAAUAAAGAGUUUUAUCUGUUA